AUGUCAGGCGAAAAUAAAGUGACGGGCUGUACGUACGUUGAUAAAGCGCACUGCGAUUUUACAUGGAUAAUACGGGAUUACGGAUUGGUUUAUAAUAAUCAACCUGAUCCAGUAGCAUCGCCCAUUUUCAGAGUCGGCCAAGACGAUCGGAGGCAGUUUCGAUUAGAAUUGCAUGAUAUCACAUCAGAGAUGAACAAUAAACAUUAUACAGUGUUAUUUCUAGUUUGCAAAAAGGCCGUUGAUGUUUUAUCGCUCAAAUACAAGGUAACAGUUAUUAAGGAUGAUACGAUUGUUUACAAUCGCCAAUGUUCCGAUAGAUUUGCGAGUAAUCGUUGGCAACUUUUCAUAUCUCCCCGUGAAUAUAUGCACAAAUUUAUUUCAUCUACCGAUACUGCCACUUUUCGCUGCGAAUUGACGCUUUCAACGGACGUUCGAAAGGAUUUUUCAAGCGAUGAAUCCGUCGAUACGAAUCAAGUGCAAAAAUUAGAAUUCGAUUGGGCAUUUCUUGAUAAGAAAUUAAGUGAUGUGAAACUACGAACUGCAUCUGGCAAAGAAAUCCCAGCACACAGACUAAUACUCUCUGCUGCAAGUCCAGUAUUCAAGGCCAUGUUCAGCCAUGAUACGUUGGAAAAUAAAAACCAAUCCGUUGACAUAAUUGAUAUCAGUUAUGAAAUUACACUGGAGAUGUUACGAUACGUCUACACUGGUAUAAUCGAAAAUGACAAAAUUUCCUUCAUUAUUGAACUUUUGAUGGCUGCUGACAAAUAUGCAAUUGAUGAUUUAAAGAAUAAGUGCGAGAUGACAUUAAGCUCAAAUUUAUCAUCUGAAAAUGUUGUAGAUAUUUUAAAAGUUGCCGAUAAAUGCAGCAUGAAAAAGUUGAAAAAAACGGCAGUUAAUUUCGUAAAAAUGCAUAUCAACCAGUUUUCAGACACUGACGACGUGGCUGGCAUGAUUCUCAGUAUGGAACAACUUUUUUCGAAUUAA